CCCAGCCAGUCGCCAUAGCGCCCCGUCGCUUGUACUCCUUAGUGUUAAGAAGCGUAUACUCCCCACCUAGAAAGUUACCUUAAUUUGUUAACUGACAGCUGUCUUCUUCCUAGAUAGUCCAUGUCACUUGUCUGAAGGUGGACGCAGAAAGAGAAGCCUGCCUGUUCCUUUAGGACUUUGUGGAAAAUGUCUGGCAAAUGUUGGCUUUUUAUCCUACCUAUCGUUUGCUUUACAAUCACGCCUUCAGAAGCAGCUUUCGAUUCAGUUUUUCCUAUCCACCAUGAAAAAUCUGAUAAAUGCCUUAGUGUUAUGGAUGCACAGAUUACACUUUCAGACUGCAACCAGGAAAACCCAAUUUUUCUAUGGAAAUGGGUGUCUCAGCAUCGUCUUUUUAACAUGGGAAGUAAAACCUGCCUUGGAAUUGAUUUAAGCAGAAAACAAGAUCAACUAAAAAUGUUUGAAUGUGAUUCAACUAUCAUGUUGUGGUGGCGAUGCAAUGGUACAAUUCUGUAUGGUGCAGCUCAGAACAAACUGGCACUAAAGAAUGAAUCUGUGGUAACAGAUGGCGACAUGUUUGAUGCCUGGAAACAGUAUGGGUCCAAUGACAGUAUCUGUAAGCAACCUUACCAUGAGAUCUAUACAAAAGAUGGGAAUUCAUUUGGGCAACCUUGUGAGAUUCCUUUUAAAUUCAAUGGGACCUGGUAUCCUGAUUGUACUACAAAUGGACCGGGAGGUAAACAGGAAUGGUGUGCCACAACAUUGAAUUAUGAUAUCGAUAAGAAAUAUGGGGUAUGCUUAAAAAAAGAGACUGGAUGUGAUGAUAAAUGGGAAAAAGUUCCUGAAACUCAGAAUUGUUACCAAUUUAACACACAGAGUGCUCUUACUUGGACAGAAGCUCAUGUUUCAUGCAGGAACCAAGGAGGAGAUUUGCUUAGCAUUGCAAAUGCUACAGAACUAAAAUAUUUUGAAGAAAAAGACCUUCCAGACAAGAUGUGGAUUGGUCUAAACCAGUUGGAUAUUUCUAGUGGAUGGUUCUGGUCAAAUGGUAUGCCUUUGGACUUUGUUAACUGGGAAAAAGGAAUGCCAGGAGUGUCAGUUUUAGAUGGAUCAAGCUGUGGAAUGAUCACUUCAUCUGGUAAAUGGCUCAGCUACAGCUGUGAUGCCAGGUUUCCAUACAUCUGUAAAAAGCUGCAGAGUGACUUACAGACUGAGUUGUCAUCAGAUGACUGGAAUUACAAAGAAACAGUUUGUGAUCGUGACUGGCUACCCUACAACGGAUUUUGCUAUUUUUCUCCCAAGAAUAAGGAAUCCUGGGAUAAUGCAAGCCAAAUCUGUAGUGACAAUAACAGUACCUUAAUUAGUAUGCACACUUUAGCAGAUGUUGAAUUAGUAAUUACCAGCUUCCAUAAUGACACUGUAGAAGACAUCUGGAUUGGCUUGCGCAGCGAUAAUGUUUCAGUUCAUUUUAUGUGGUCUGAUGGGUCAAAAGUAACAUUCACUUACUGGGACCGUAAUGAGCCAAAUGCUGCAGUUAACAUUGCUGGUAACUGUGUUUCGUAUUCAGGAAAGCUUGGUCGAUGGCAUGUCAAACCGUGUGAUGAAAAAUUUGGUUUUAUAUGUAAAAGAAAAGGUGAUGCAAAAUUAGGAAACAGUUCAGAUGCUGGCUGUCCUCCAGGAGAGAACUGGAAAAGACACGGUGACUCCUGCUAUAAGGUAGACCAAAAUGAAAUACCCUUUGGAGAAAAUCUGAAUUUAACAAUAAUGAACAGGUUUGAGCAGGAAUUUGUCAACAGCCUGAUAAAAAGAGCAAAAAAUGUUGAAGGCAAAUAUUUUUGGACAAGUCUGCAGGACAAGAACAGUACAGGAGAGUACACAUGGGGUUCUCUUGAAAAUGAAGUGUCCUAUACAAACUGGAAUUCAUUUCAACCAGAUUUUCCUGGAGGAUGUGUGGCAAUAGCAACUGGAAAAUCUCUUGGAAAGUGGGAGGUCAAAGACUGCAAAAACUUUAAAGCUUUUCCUGUCUACAAGAAACGUAUUGGAACUUCAAAACCUCCAGCAGUGCAGCCAGACCCUACAGCACCAUGCCCUGUUGGCUGGCGGAGUGGAAACACACCAUAUUGUUACAAGCUUUUCCAUCGUGAACGUAUAACAAGAAAAAGAACAUGGGAGGAAGCCGAACAAUUCUGUGAUGCUCUUGGAGCUCAUCUUCCAAGUUUUAGCCACAUGUAUGAAAUGCAAGAUCUUCAUGAUAUACUCAGAGAGCAGAUAAGUGAUGACCGUUGGGUCUGGGCAGGGCUGAAUAAAAGAAAUCCACUUUCUGAAGGAUCUUGGGAAUGGAGUGAUAGCAGACCAGUUUCUAUUGUUAUUGUUCCAUAUGAUUUUCAGGAAGAUGAUGAUGACAUUAGAGACUGUGCUGCAUUUAAGACAAAAACAUCAACAUGGCACAUGUCCUUUCUCCUUCCAUUCAUUGAACAAAGAAAGAAUGACUUUUACUUGCAUCCCUUUCGUUGUGAUGUUAAUUUGGAGUGGAUAUGCCAAAUUCCCAGAGGCAUUCCUUUGAAAACUCCUGACUGGUAUGUUCCAGAUGGAGCUGGCAUUAAUGGAUCCCAAUUAAUUGUUGAUGGAGAUGAAUAUUGGUUUGUUGAUGACAAAUUGAUGACCUUCCAGGAAGCAACCAUAUACUGUAAAGGCAAUGGUGGUGAACUGGCUUCUCUAGAGUCAAAUGCAGCUCUGCAGGCAGUACAGAAAAAAAUUAAACAGAUUUCUAAGAAUGAAAAUCAAAGGUGGUGGAUAAAAUCUUUGAAUUUUUUCUCUGGAUAUCAUCGCCCACGGUUUCACUUCUAUCCAUUUUGGUAUGGACAUCACAGAUGGCAGAGAGACUGUACCUCUAUUACAGGAAGGAUUUUUGGAGACUUUACGUACAGAGAAAUGGACUGCAACCAAUACUAUCCAUUUGUUUGUGAGAAGAGAAACAUUUCAAUGCUGGAUAUUAAUUAUCAGACUCCACAAAAACCAGUAGGAGCAUGUCCUGCAGGUUGGGUGUCCUUUGGACAAAAGUGCUUUCUUUUGAUAAAGCCCUCAUACAGUGACUUUGCAAAAGCUAAUGACAUUUGCCAGAGUCAUGGAGGCACAUUACCAAGCAUUUCAAACCAAGCAGAGCAAGAUUUUAUCACACAAACCAUUCAAGAUUUUAAAAAGCAGUGGAUUGGGCUGAAGAUUUCCAUAUCUUCAGGUAUUGGCAAAUGGAUAGAUGGUACAGCUGUAGCGUAUAAGAAUUUCAAUCCUUUGUUUGAUGGAAGGCCAAUGUAUUUAUCACUUCAUGAGUUUGCUGGUGAAAAUGAACUAUGUACUGUGCUUCUAAACGAUCCUGCUUCUUCCUUUGUGGGAACUUGGAAUAUUACGUCUUGCAGUCAUGCUCAAAAUUUCUCACUCUGCCAAAACUUUCAAGAUCCCAAAGUGAACGUCACUAAUCCAAUGUUAAAUCUGAUCUCUGAGUAUAAAGGACAUAACUACACCAUAAUCCAUACGGAAGUGGUAUGGGAUGAUGCAGUGAUAAAGUGUGCAGAGAUAGGUAUGCAGCUUGCUAGCAUCAUGGAUGAGUACCACCAGGCUUAUCUUGCUGUGCAAGUCUACACUCUUGGUUUCCCUUUGUGGAUUGGACUCUCCAGCAAAGAUGAUGGAAUACAUUACAGCUGGUCAGAUGGAAGAUCUAUUUCGUACAGUCGUUGGGCAGAAAAUGAACAAGGAACUGGAGAAUGUGUUUAUUUGGAUACUAACGGAUUCUGGAAAUGUGCAGAUUGUUAUACAAAACAACAAGGAGCCAUCUGUUAUGCUACAAAAGACGACAAUCCAGCCAAAGUGCCCAAUGAAGAAAUAGCCCAUUGUCCUCAUAAAAUUGGAAGUACACCUUGGGUAACAUUUCAAAACAACUGCUACACUUUCCAGAUCAAUCAGAAGAGGUGGCGGAACAUUAAUCUAAAAGAAGCUCAUAUUGCCUGCAAAAACAUAGAUGCAGAUGCAUAUGCAUUAAACAUUAGAAGUGAACUUGAAAAUAACUUUGUGGUAGAACAACUCAGACCAUUUGCUGACUUAGUGCAGUGGAUUUGGCUUGGCGUAAUCUAUGACAAAAAUGAAGAGAAGUUCAAGUGGCAUGAUGGAACAUAUGUUCAGUAUUCAAACUGGAAAAAUGGAAGACCUGUUACGACCGACAAUGAUUUUCUGGCUGGAUUAAACCUAGAAGGUUCAUGGGAAAUAUUAUCAGUAUCACAAAAAACAUAUUUUCAGCAGCACAGUAUUGUUGUCUGCAAGAUUGACAGAGAACCUAGUACUGUCUACAACUCAAGUUUGGCAGAUACCAUACCAUAUGGAAAUUAUACCUACACAAUAAUAAGGAAACAAAUACAGUGGUAUGAUGCCUUGAGAGAGUGCAAACAGAAAGGAUAUGAUUUGGCCAGUAUCCAUAAUGAAGCACAGCAGUUAUUUCUUGAACGUAUAGCGAAAAUUGAUGGCUUCCCUUUGUGGACUGGACUGUCAAGCCAAGAUGAAAGAAGCUCAAACUUUGAAUGGGCUGAUGGCAGUCAAUUUGAUUACAAGUCACAGCAAUUUGAAAAUGCCAGCCGUGAUGGCAACUGUAUGUACCUAGAUGAAAAAGGAAACUGGAAAUAUGACAAUUGCACAGUGAAACGAGAUGGGGCCAUUUGCUAUAAGACAACAGUGAAAAGUGAGAAAUUAGACCAGAAUGAAAUUUCAUCUGAUUGUCCUCAGAGCAAGGGAACAUCAAACUGGGUCAAGUACAAAGAUUACUGCUAUGCAUUUGAUAUGAACCUCUACAAUUUUUCAGUAUAUGGAAUGAAAGAAGCUAAGACGAUUUGCCAGAAACUUGAUACUUCUGCUUAUCUUUUGAGCAUAAAGAAUGCUGAUGAGAAUGCCUUCAUCUCUAAGCAUAUAAAGGAGAACAUGCUUAUCACAGAAAGAGUCUGGCUUGGGAUUUCAGCAGACGCCAAAAGUCACAAUUGGCGCUGGCUCAAUGACUCAGAAGUGUCAUAUUAUAACUGGGAAAAUAAACUAAACACGGAUGGGAGGAAGAGUUGUGCUGUCAUCUUGUCUUCAAAUGGAACAUGGACUGCAGUCAGUUGUGAAAAAGGCUUCAGCAGGAUUGUUUGUAAAGUUCCCAUACGAAGUAACAAAAAAAUAGCGGCAGUGGUAUUGGCUGUGUUAAUUGUCUUUAUGCUCAUAGCUGGACUAAUCUGGUAUGUCUACAAAAAUGGAAGGCUAAGACAUAUGGGCUUCUCAGCAGUACGCUAUGAACGCAGCUUUAAUGAUGACGACACAAGAACAUUUAUAGAUGCCAGUUUUUAAAGAGCCUUCCACAACAAAAAUGAAGAAAAAAAUGGCAAAAAGUCAUACAGAAAAAUUAAAAAGCAAACGAAUACAGAAACGCUGUGACUGGUACAAACACCCUCAUUUAUAGCUUCAGCUGUAAUCAUUUUAAUGUCAAAAUACAAGCAUGGCCAAUAUAACAUUACACAUCCAUGUACAUAUUUGGGCACUGUUUAACAGUUACAUCUCUGCUGAACCUGGAAGCCAUAUUCAUGUAAGACAAGAAUUAAUUACUGAACUAAAGACUAAUAUGUUCUGAGAAUGUCUGUCACAACCUUCAUUACUUUAAUGACUAUCUGGCAGUUGACACAGGUGUUAAAGAGCUGCUUAUGAGCUGUUUCCAGUGGUCCAGAGUAAAUUCCGCUGUGUGAUUCUGAGAAAGUCAUUUCACCUGACAGUGCUCCCAGGCUGAGUCUGGAAAAGGCCCAUGGAGAUCAGUGCUCUACCCAAGUCAACAGAUACAAUUAAAAUAAAUAAUCUGCUUGGUUGGUAUAAUAGUUAAGGUCUUUAGUUUACUGACAAAAAGUGCAGGGUUUGAUUCUCAAAUGGGAUAAUUGGCUAAGCUUAAAAUGGCCAGCAAGAGCAGUUAGCCUAGUAUGAAUUUAUGAAACUUUAUCUUUCAGACAUCAGACCGAUAUUAAGGUUCAUGACCCUAAUCAAUUGCCAGAAUAUCACAGUAGUGACAUACCAGUGCAAAAGCAAAGCAACGCAGGCUAAGGCACGUGGUUGUUUGAAUACCUUUUCAAACCAUCCUCAGCUGAACUGCUAUGCUACAUUUUAACAAACUGAAAGCAUUGAUAGUGAUAUCAGGUAGAAAAGUUCUCUGUGUAUUGUUACCUACAGGCUCAUACGAAAAGGCAUAUCUCUUUAACUAAAAUUAGUUUGCCAUUGAAUGUUUAUUGUCGUGCAAACACACAGCUACAUGUCUAAUUGGGUACUGUUAUGGCUUGAUGAGAUACUCCUAGUAUUUAUGCUUGGCCUUUGCAAAAGCAUAAUACACGACUUCAAUCCCAAAUAAAUGCAGAUAGUAGUAGUGCCUGUUAUAAUGGCAGUCAUUUACUGUAUACUGUUUUGUUUUUGUUUGUAUGCAGUUACACAAAAUGUUAGUACAGCCAGUGAUUUCAACAGUGUACCUCCUGUCUGUGCAUUAACAUGAAAUGUUGUUGGUGUCCACAUUACAUUUAUCACAAGAUCUGAGAACAUUUAGGUAAUGUGUAAAUACACAACUGAAGGACUAAAAUAGUACUGGAAAAUAAGAUGUUAUGGAGAAAAAAAUGAAUCUAAUGUGUUAAGAAAACCUACAUGCUGCAUUUUUCUAAUUUGUUUACCAAGGGCUGAAGUAAUAGUUGUACUUGAAGAUGUGGAUAGUUUACUCUUACAAGUUUUGUUGAAUCCAUACAUGCUUUAUAAAGUGGUGAAUUGGAAUUAGUAGCAACACCAUGCCACUUUAAGCAUUAGAGAUCAGAUUUUUAGUUCACCUUCACAGUCCUGAAGGUUUUUAAUAAAUGGCAAACUUGACAUUACAUCCAUACAUGUGGACAGUUUCUUAAGAUUAUUACAACUGAUUCCAGCAUUCUUCUUUGUGCUAGAAACCCAUGUACACAUUAUUGUAUUGAUGAUAUAUAUAUAUAUAUAUAUAUAUAUAUAUAUAUAUAUAUAUAUAUAUAUAUAUAUAUAUAUAUAUCAAAGCUCACUAAAAUCAGACAUUUUGACUAAGAAA